AAACAGGUGUUGUUCAGGUGCUACUAUAGCAAUGUAAUGUUUCCUAGGAAACCAGGAUUCAUUUCUUUACAUUUUGUAAAGAGAAAUGGGAUUUGGUGAACUUCAGUUUAUUUUUCGAAUAUACGUUUACUAUAUUUAAAAAGUUUGCCAAACAAAAAGUCAGUUUACACAAUAUAACAGACAAGAACAAAAUAUCAUGUUGUUUUGUACAGAGAGCAAUAUUAACAUUCUUCUUUAAAAUUGGAAGAAAUUUAAAUUGGGUAAUAGAUAGUUUGCAAAGUAACAAUGCGUUCAUCAGCAACAAAUAGGAAAUCAGUCUCCAAAACUAGUGAACUUCAUAAAGAGCUACCAAGAUACACAAGCUUAAUGAAGAGUCGUUAUGAGCUAGGUGGUGGUGAUACGGAUUGGAUGCGUGCAAGAAUGUAUCUCAAACCAGAAGAUCAAUUGCAGUUAACAGAAGAAGAAUUGCAAGAAGAGUUUGCAAGAAUUCUGACGAUACAUAAUCCAAGAGUUCCAGAUUCUUUAGUUGAAUGGUCAUGGAAGUUAAAAGAAUUCAUAAAAUUACCUCCUCCACCACACUUAGUAACUCUUUUAAGUGUACCAGGAAUAAUAUUGCAUAAAGAUUCAGAUGAAGCAAAAAUACAAUUAGCAGGUGGACUUAUUGUAAGUCAACAUGAUAUAUCUGGGUUAUAUGAAGAUGAAGAAGAAGAUGAAGAAGAUGAAGAAGAAGGGGAAGAAAUGGAAGCUAUGGAAGAGAUAGAUGACGAGUUAACAAAAGAAAAGGAAAUUGAAAAAGAUGAGCACAAAGAACCUGAACCUGACAUUGAACCAGAUGAGGAAGAGGCAGAACCAGUAAAACCAAAGAAGAUACCAAAUCAAUUCAAUUUUUGUGAAAGAGCUGCAUUGACUUAUACUAAUCCCAUGCGCGAAAUGAGUACACAAACUGUACCUCCACCAACAGCAUUAUUUAAUACUCACGUUUUUCAAUGGACGAUCUUUGACGAAUAUCAGGCAUAUUUUGCUGAAAAAGAACGCGAAAGAGACAAAGAAAGAAGAAUUCCACUUUUGCAACCAAAAAAGGAGGACCCAAAACAAACGGCUCAAACAGAAUCCAUGGCAUUAACAUCGAGAAUGUUACAAGCUGCAAAAACUUUAGAACGAAUGGUAAACCAAAAUAUUUUCGAUGAUAUAGCUCAAGAUUACAGAUAUUGGGACGAUCCAAGCGACGAAUUUAAAGACGAAGAAGGUUCAUUAUUGCCUUUAUGGAAAUUUAGUUAUGAAAAAACUAAGAAGCAUGAUGUUACCGAUUUAUGUUUUAAUAGCCGAUAUUAUGACUUGUUCGCAGUAUCUUAUGGAACAAUGUCAUUUAAUACCUCAAUAACAAAUGGAUCAGUAUGCUUGUUUAGCUUAAAAAAUCCAUCAUAUCCAGAAUGGAUCUGUCCAAUAGAAUCACCAGUAAUGUGUUUAUCUUUCAGUGACCAGCAUCCUCAUCUUCUAGUUAUUGGUACUAUGGAUGGUGCUGUAGCUGUAUACAAUAUCAUGUUACCACCAACAGCUCCACAAUAUAAGAGUAACGAUGUUGUUCAAAAACACGGAGGUAUAAUAUGGGAGGUAUGCUGGGCACCAGAUACAGAGGAAGAUCGACCUCCAAUAGCUGGGCCAGAUGGCACUAUGAUUACACUUAAAGGUUGUGGAACAUGUCUUGCAUUUUACCCUGCAGAUCAAAAUGUAUUCCUAGUAGGAACGGAAGAAGGCACAAUUUAUAAAUGCAAUACAGCAUAUAGUAGUGUUUAUAUGAAAACUUAUAAUGAAGCACACAAUAUGCCAGUAUAUCGAAUAGUAUUCAAUAAAUAUAAUUCUAGCAUAUUUGCAAGUUGUUCAGGUGACUGGAGGAUUAAGAUAUGGGAAGAUAAUAGAAUGGAGCCUUUGUUUAUGUUUGAUCUUGGUGUCCCAAUUGGAGAUGUCCAGUGGGCACCAUACAGUUCAACAGUUUUGGCUUGUGUUUCAAAUGAUGGAAAAGUUACAGUGUUUGAUCUAAAUGUAAAUAAAUACAAGCCAAUAUGUAGUCAACCUGUUGUUAGUAGAAAAAAGAACAAGCUAACUCGACUAGCAUUUAACAAUGAAUUACCAUUCAUUAUUGUUGGUGAUGAUAAGGGCACAGUUAAUACAUUAAAACUGUCACCAAAUCUUAGAAUAAAAGUAAAACCAACAAAGAGGCAACUUCAUCUAACACACAGAGAAUUAGAAAUUAUGAAACUAGAAAAAUUAUUAAGUUUUGUACGAGAACCUCCUGUUUUAGUGCCACCAGAAGAUACAAGGACAGUCAGAUAAU